AUGUCGCGAAACAUAAUUUGCGAUGUAAAACGAGGUUAUAAUGUUGGACAGUCAGUGGAAAUUGAUGCCAAUGUUUUUCCAAUUGAAGCUGUUUUUCGAGGAGGUGAUGUAGUUGUGGAUAACCAUAAUGUUGUACUGCAUAAGCUGGUAAGCUCUUCUUUUUUAUUAAAUUUUAGGUAUACUAAAUUUGGAAUGGUUCUAAGCUUUAUUUUUACACAGAUACGACUCCACCAGAUUGCUUUUCAUAGAGUAGUCUAUAAUAUUUUUUAAAUUCAAGGGUUACGGCACAAAGAUAGGUCAAAGAAUGAACUUCUACAACAAACGUUGUUUCCCGACAGUAGACAUAGGAUUUGUCGAUAAUGACGAGCCCUCAACAUUGAUAGAAAACUUUAGUUUAGUACCAUUAGAAGAGGAGGAAGAGGCUGUUGGGGGUAUCAGGUUGAUGAACAACAACAUGGGAUAUGAAUGGAUAGAAAAGACAGCUAAUGAAAAAUUGUUCUUGUCGCCAGAAGAAGCUUUGUAUCUUCUUGUUGAGAACAAAAUAGUGGUCAAAGGUUGGAGUUUAGAGAAGUUGUGGUCACACUGGAGAAGUUUAAAACUGGCAAAACGAUUUUUCGCUUAUAAGUAAGUGUUUCGAUUAUAAUAUUUGUUUUUAAAACAUCCUUUUAUUGUUUGUUUAUGUAUAAUAAUAUUGUAAUGUCGAUAAAAAAUUUAAAAGAUAUCUAUUCAUAAAAUGUCAUCUGAAUAGAGACCAGUUUUUAUCGCAGAUCAUUUCCCAAAUCCUUCACCCAGACUCUUUACAUUGUUAUAAGGGGCUUGAAUUUGCAAUUUGGUACAAUACUUUUUUUAAAAAUAGUUUUUCAUACCAGAAAAUGUUUAUAAAACCUUUUUAUACCAAAAACUGCAGCCCUAUCGCUAUAGUAAAACCCUUAUUUUCAGACAUUUCCGAGAUCUAGGCUGGAUUGUGAAGAGCGGGCUGGUGUUUGGCGGAGACUUCUCGUUAUACAAGUAUCAUCCAGAACAAUGCCACUCAUCUGUUGUUGUUCGACUUGACGUCAAACCAGGUUCACUUGAGGUUGUGAGUUUAAAACGAGAGCUCAAAAAUGUCAAAAAGGCUUUAUUUGUUGUUUGCGUUGACAUAGAAAACGAUUUGAGUGAUCUAGAGCCUUGUAGUAGUGUUAAGAUCACGGUGAAUCAAGAAGUCAGUUUGAUGAGAGGUUCAGAACUGGCUGAAUUGAACAGUAGCUUAGUUACAACGUAA